UGCCCAGGGUCAACAGCUAGUAAGUGUCUGAGGCCAGAUUUGAACUAGGAAGGGGAAUUUUCUUGAUUCCCAGUGUUUGAUCCACUGCACCACUUGGCUUCCAGUUGAGAUGAUGAAAUAUAAAUUCGUAGUGGAUCCAGUCAGCCAGGUCUCACAAUUUCUCCAGCUUGGUUCAGUAGCAUGUGAGUAGAAAUAAAGGCAGCAGAUGGUGGGAGUAUCCAAGGUUGAGGCUUGACAGGGAAAGAUCUUCUCCAAGAAAAGGGGACAAGGGAGUCAAGAGGACAGCGUGGAAUUAAACUGGUUCAGCAAGGGGGCAAGAUGGAGAAGAGAGGAAAGAGUGUAACCACUGCAGGGGAAGAACAGUGGAGGUCCUUGGGAGGAUUUGAGGUUGCAAAUACAGAGGAAGAGAUGGAAUGUCCAGAGCGUGACCAGAUAAGGGAAUUUCAGAGUUCAUGGACACGGAAGGAGCGGAGGUACAUUUGCGGGGGGUGGCAAGGUCAAGGAUGUGGCCAUUCCUGUGUGUGAUUGAGGAGGAGUGGAGGAGGAUCAUGGGAUGUGAUAAGCUCAUGACCUGGGAGUUUAUAUAUAUUGACGUCCCCUCAGAUGAGGGCAGAAGCUGGGAGAGGAGAGGCUGGGAGCCAGGCACCGGACUUGUUGAAGAAAGGAGGAGAGCAGCCGAGAGACAAUGCUACCAUACUUGAGCAACGGGUCCAAUCAGGAACUUCAACCAGCACCUGGGACCUUCUUGCCCCAGAACGCCCCUCCAUCAUGCCAGAAACCUUCUUCUACUGGUGAAUUCCUCCUGAGGCCUCCAGAUGAGAAUGGAAAUGAGGCUGGCCAGACUUCAUUUCCCUCCAGGCUUCACUUCUGGCCUUCUGGCCUUGAACCACGGAGUAACAGUGGCAGUCUCAACCCAGAAGUUCCCUUGGCACCUGCAGCCUCUUCAUCUAAGAAAAACCGGUGGACUUCUCAGACUGGAACAUCUGUCUACCAGGCUGACCCCUGUCUGCCAUGGGUGAGUUCCUCUCAGGGACUCCAUUUUGGGGAGGGGACCAGGCCAAACACUCCUCCUUCCCCUCCUGCCUCUGUUUCUGACAUUCUGGACUUGAAUAUUAGGCCUCAGCAGAAGUCUCACCCUGAAACAUCCCUCCACCAUGCCAACUCCCUUAUCUCAUUAGUGAAUUCCUUCCAAGGCUGUCAUUUGGAGGAGCAGCCCAGACUGGAUAACGAUAUCCCUCCUGCCUCUGCUUCUGACUUUUCGGACUUGAAUACCAGGCCUCAGCAGCAGUCCUACCAGGAAACACCCCUCCAACAUGCCAGCUCCCUUGCCUCCUUAGUAAAUUCCUUCCAAGGCUGUCACUUGGGGGAGGGGCCCCACCUGAAGAACUAUUCACCUCCUGACUCUGUUUCUGACUUUCUGGAUUUGGACGCCACAUCACAGCAGUCCCACCCUGGAACAACCCUCCAUCAUGCCAGCUCCCUUCUUCCUCUGGUAAGUUCCUCGCAAAAUCUCCCUUUAGAGGAGAAGACCAGGCCAGUCAACCUUCAUUCCUCUCCUGGCUCUGCUUCUGACUUUCCAAACUUGGACACCUUCGCUCAAAUGCCGCCUCACCCUGGAACGUCCCUCUAUGAUGCUGGUCCCUUUCUCCCAUUGCUGAGUUCCUCCCAGGGACUCCAUUUUGGGGAGGCCCCCAGGCCAGCCAGCCAUCAUUCUCCUCCUCUCUCUGAUUCUGACUUUCUGGAUCUGGACUCCAUGCCACAGCUGCAGUCCCACCCUGGAAUACCCUUCCACCAUGCCAGUUCACUUCUCCCAUUGCUUAGUUCUUCUAGGGCUUUUUAUUUAAGGGAUGGACAUGGUCUGGCCAGCCACCAUUCUCCUCCUGUCUCUGCUUCUGAUUUUCUGGGCUUGAACACCAUAGCUCAGCUGCCGCCUCACCCCAGAACCUCCUUCCCCAAUUGGAGUCCUUUUCUCCCAAUGCCUAGUUCCAGCAAGAACCUGUAUUUUCAGGAAGGGCCUGGGUCAGCCACCCUUCAUUCCUUUCCUAACUCUGCAUCUCAAUUUCCAGACUUAUGUACCAUGCCUCAGCUGCCAUCUCACACUGGAACAUCCCUCUACCAUGCUAGCUCAGGUUUCCCAUUCCCAAGUCCCUCCCAGGACCUCCAUUUUGGGGAGGGACCAAGACUAGCUAACCCUCAUUGCCCAGUUGGCCCUGCUUCUGACUUCCUCAACUUGAACAUCAUGCCUCAGCUACAGACCCCGGCCGGAAUAGCCUUCCACCAUCCUGGAGCCCAUCUCCCAUUGGCAAGUUCCUCUGGAGUACUCUAUUUGGGGAAUGGACACAGGCCGACUGACUUUCAUUCAUUUGCUGGCUCUGCUUCUCCAUUUCUGGACUUAGACAUCAUGCCUCAGCUUCAGUCUUUCCCCACAACUUCCCUCCACUAUGCUGGUCCCCAUCUCCCAGUGGUUAGUAACUCUCAGGAUUUCUGUAUUGGAGAGCCCCCCAGACCAACCAACCCUCAUUGCCCUGCUGUCUCUGCUUCUGAAUUUCUGGAUUUUGACACUUUGCUUCAGCUGCAAUCUCCACAGCACCCUGGAACAUCCCUUCACCAUACUAGCCCCAGUCUCCCUUCCAUGAAGCCCUCUCAGGGCUUCCAUUUGGGAGAGGAGCCAAGGCGGGUCAACUUUCAUUCCUCUCCUGGCCAUGCUUCAGAACUUCUGACCUUGGACACCUUGCCUCAAGAGCAUUCUCAUCCUGGAACAUCCUUCUGCCACCCUGCCUCUUAUGUCCCAUUGGUGAGUUCCUCUCAAGGCUUCCAUGCUAGGGAUGAGCCCAGGCCACUCAACCCUAAUUCCUCUUCUGAUACUGCUUCUGACUCAGCAAGAUUAUACACCGUUCCUCACCCGAAGACCCAUCCUGGCCCCCAUCUCCCAGUAGUGAGUGCCUCCCAGAGCCGCCCUGACAAGGAGACCCCCAGGUCAGCCAACCUUCACCGUCCUCCUGUUUCUGCUUCUGAAUAUCUAUAUUUGGACACUCUGCCUCAACUGCAAUCUCAACUGUACCCUGGAACAUCCCUCCACCAUGCUGGCCCCCAUCUCUCACUGAUGAAUUCUUCUGGGAGUCUCCAUUAUGGGGAGGAGCCCAGGCAGGCCAACCUUCAUCCUCUUCCUGGCCCUGCUUCACAAUUUCUGGACAUGGACAUCAUGCCUUGGCUGCAGUCCCACUUUGGAACAUCCCUCUUCCACCCUGGCCCUCAUCUCCCACUGGUGAGUUCCUCACAGGGCCUCCAUCUUGGGGAAAGAUCCAGACCAACUGACCUUCGUUCCCCCUCUGGCUCUGGUUCUGCCUUUCGGGACAUGGACAGUCGGCCUCAACUUCAGACUCAACUGCACCCUGGAACAUCCCUCCACCCUGAUAGCCCUCAUCUCCCACCUGUGAAGUCUUCUCUGAGCCUCCAUUUAGGUAAGGAGCCCAGGCCUACCAACCUUCGUUCUGCUCCUGACUCUCUGGAAUUAAACAUCAUGCCUGAAGUACAGUCUCCACCUGGAACAUCCCUCCACCCUCUUGGCCCUCAUCUCCCAUUGGAGAGGUCCUCUCCAGGCCCACAUUUUGAGGAGGAGACCGAGCCAGCCCAUCUUCAUUCUCUUCCUGGCUCUGCAUCUAACUUUCUAGAUUUGGCUACCAUGUAUCACCUGCAUUCUCACCCAGGAAAUUCCCUCUACCAUCUUUACCCUCAUCUUCCAUUGAUGAAUCCUUCCCAGGGUCUCCAUUCUGGGGAGACUCCCAGACCAGCCAACCUUCAUUGCCCUGCUGUCUCUGCUUCUGAUUUUUUGGCCUUGAACACCGUGCCUCAGCCGGAGUCUCAGUUGCGCCCUGGAACAUCACUCCACCAUCUUAGUGCCCACCUCCAAUUGGUGAAUCCUUGGGGCAUCUGUUUUGGGGAGGGGCCCAGGCCAGCCAACCUUCAUCCUUUUCCUGGCUCUGCUCCUGACCUGCCAGACUUGGACACCGUGCCUCAGGAACAAUCUCACCCAGGAACAUCUCUACCAAGCCGCCCCCGCUUUUCCAAAAGAUGAGUUCCUUUAAAGGCUUCCAUUUUGGGGAAGGCCCUGACUGACCAACCUUCAUUGCCUUCCUGGAUCUGCUUCAUGCCUCAGUUGCAGUCCCAUACAGAAAUGUCUCUCCCCCGUGUGGACCCUUUUUUCCCCCCAAGUGGCUACUUGAUAGGGAAAGGGGCUCGGGGGAUGCUCCAUUUUGGAAGGAUCCCAGACCAGCCAACCUUCAUUCCCUUCUUUGCUCUACUUUUGAUUUCGGAACCUCGACACUAUGGGUCAACAGCAUUCUCACCCUGGAACAUCCCUUCAUCAUAGUCGCCCUCUUUUCCCACUGUUGAGUUCCUCUGGGGUUCUCCAUUUUGGGGAAGGGCCCAAGCAGCCAGCCUUUUAUUCCUUUCCUAGCCCUGCUUCUGAGCUUCUGAACUUGGACUCUACCUCAGCUAAUCUCACCAUAGAAAUGUCUCUGCCUUGCUGGCCACCUUCUCCCACUCCUGAGUUCCUCCUGGACCACAUGAGCCAACCUUUAGUCCUCUUCUGGUGAGGACUUCUGACUUUCCUGUCUUGGACACUGUGCCUCAGCUGUAUUCUCACCCUGGAGCAUCAUUCCAACAGUUUCCCCCACCCCCACCCCCACCCCCCACCCCAUUGAUGAAUUCCUCCCAGAACUCAAAUAGCUUACUAUUUGUAAAGCACUUAGCCCAGUGCCUCGUUUAUAGGCACUGUUAAAUAAAAUAAAUGAUUUUUGCCUGCUUGUCUAUA